GUGACCAUGGCCUCAGUACACCAUUUUCAUGUGUUGCUAGUGCACCUCAGUACCCUUGCAUUCCUGUUGUCCGUAGCACCAACUGCUACUCAAGCAACAUCAGCCAUGGUCAAGUCAGGCUGCGCUGAUCGUUGUGGUAAUUUAAGAAUCCCAUACCCAUUUGGCAUGACUAAAGACUGUUAUUUAGACGAAGACUUCCUCAUCACUUGCAACCAGUCCUUCAACCCUCCCAUAGCAUUUUUGGGAACCAGUAACAUAGAUGUCACAAAGAUAUCCCUCCAAGGUCAGUUGCAGGUCUGGCAGUUUGUAGGCCAAAAUUGUUAUGAUCGGAAUGGGAAGGAACUGUCCUAUAACGGAGCCACGUUCGAUCUCUUCAAAUUAACCAUCUCCACCGAGAAUAAGUUCACAGUAAUCGGUUGUGAUACUUAUGCGUAUUUGACUUUCUAUAAAGGUGACGGGCUGUCGAAAUUUUCCACCACUGGAUGCAUGGCUAUAUGCGACAGCCUCAACAGUGUCGCUGAUGGUUCUUGUUCCGGAGUUGGCUGUUGCCAGACAUCCAUCCCUAAAGGGGUGUGGAGCAUUGAAAUCGAGUUACAUAGCUAUAAUAACUAUACAAAUGUAUCAGGCUCCAAUCAUUGCGGCUAUGCCUUUGUUGCCGAACAAAGUGAGUUCAAAUUCACACCGACGUACCUUAGAAAACUGCAAAACAAAAGCGUGCUUCCGAUGGUGGUCGAUUGGACCGUUGGAAACGAAACAUGUGAGGUGGCUGAAAAAAACUCGGCUACUUUUGCAUGCAAAGACAAUACCAAGUGUUACAAACCCGAUACGGGUAAUACCACUUCUGGGUAUCGCUGUGGUUGCUUGGAGGGGUACGAAGGUAACCCAUACCUCACUAAUGGCUGCCAAGACAUUGAUGAAUGUCAAGAUCCAAGGCUCAAUAACUGUAAAUUUGAAAAAGGUUGUCAUAAUACGAUAGGGAACUAUACGUGCUCCUGCCCCGAGGGGUACCAUGGGGAUGGCAGAAAAGGUGGAGAAGGUUGCACUGCCAAUCAGUCACUAGUGAUCAAGGUUGCUUUAGGUA